CACAUCUUUUUGUCUCUGUCUCUCUCUCUCUCUCUCUCUCUCUGACACACACACACACUAAAAGUGUCUGGAGUUCCAAAGCGGGCACUAGCAGCACAUUGUCUUCUUUUGCCUUUUAGCUUCUGUGCUCUCUCAAGCUUUUGUCUACUUCUACUGCUACUGCCUACUGCUGCUUCACACAACAUGCGGGAGGAUUCCUACUUUGAUUUUUUCUUGUUAUUGUUUGAUUUUGAUACCCCUCUGUUUUGUUCUCCUCUUUUAGACAAACCACAAGCCUAAUACUUCUCGACCCCUCCUGCUGCUAUUACUAGUCUCAGUUUCCUCUCUGAAAAUGAAAUCCCUCCACUGUAUUUGAAGCCACUACCUUUCUACAAUUCUUGCCUAAAUUUGACUUCUCUUGUCAUAAUUACCAGCUUCAACUACUCGUGGGACUCCUAAAACAACUACUUGUUCCAUUGUUCUUGGCCUCUUUCUUUGUCUAGUGGUAUUGGUUCAGCUUUUGUUUGUUUUUAAAUAAGUUGGGAUUUGUGGAUUCAGAAGAACUCAAAAGGAAGCCCUUUUGUUGGAAUUCAUGGAAAUUGAUCUGAACCAUGCAAUGGGUGAGGUGGAUAAGAAUGCAUGUGCGAAUGGAGGAGAAUGUGACAAGGGGGAAGGUGGUAGCUGUGUUAGUUGCUGUUUGUCCACUUCCACUUCUUCUUGCUCUUCAAAUGCUCCCUCUGCCUCUUCCUCUUCUUGUUCAAUAUCUGCUUCUUCAUCAAUUCUCAUAGAGUUAUGGCAUGCUUGUGCUGGACCUCUCACCAGUUUGCCCAAGAAAGGGAAUUUGGUGGUCUAUUUCCCUCAAGGCCACUUGGAACAGUCUAACUCUGCAUCAUUUCCCCCUGUUGAAAUGCCCACUUUUGAUCUUCCUUCCAAGAUCCUUUGUAGAGUUGUGGAUGUUCAUCUACUUGCUAACAAGGAUAACGAUGAGGUCUACACUCAGUUGACUCUACUUCCUGUGCCAGAGCUAGAAGGUGUGAAGUUACAAGGUGAUGAGAAUGAAACCAAGGGGGUUGACGAGGAUGGGAGUGGAGUAGCGCCAGCAAAGUCAACUUCCCACAUGUUCUGCAAAACCCUCACUGCUUCAGACACCAGUACCCAUGGUGGAUUUUCUGUUCCCCGCAGAGCGGCUGAAGAUUGCUUUCCCCCUCUGGAUUAUAAACAGCAAAGGCCCUCCCAGGAACUCAUAGCCAAAGAUCUGCAUGGAGUGGAAUGGAAAUUCCGCCACAUAUACAGAGGCCAGCCAAGGCGACAUUUGCUUACCACCGGAUGGAGCAUUUUUGUCAGCCAAAAGAAUCUUGUAUCAGGGGAUGCAGUUCUGUUUCUCAGAGGCGAAGCUGGCAACUUGCAAUUGGGAAUUAGGAGAGCUGCUCGGCCUAGAAGUGGUCUACCGGAUUGCAUCAUUAAAAAUCAGAAUUCUUAUUUCAAUAUCCUCCCUCCAGUAGCGAAUGCAUUGUCAAGCAACAGCACAUUUCAUGUUUUCUAUAGCCCAAGGGCCAGUCGCCCUGAUUUUAUCAUCCCCUACCAAAAAUAUUUGAAGUGUGCCACUUCUCAGAUACCUGUUGGUACAAGAUUCAAGAUGAGAAUUGACUUGGAUGAUUCUCCAGAAAGAAGGUUCAGCGGAGUGGUGACUGGAGCCAGUGAUGCAGAUCCCUACAGAUGGCCGAACUCCAAAUGGAGAUGCCUGAUGGUUUGUUGGGAUGACGACAUCAUGAGCAACCACCAAGUGCGAGUUUCUCCAUGGGACAUUGAUUCUUCAGGUAAUUAUGCACCUGUGAGCAUUCUGACCUCCCCUGGAGUUAAGAGACUAAAAUCUAACCAGGAGCCAUCACCACAUGGCAACCCAAUCUCCGGAAGUGAUCAAAUUUUGGACUUUGAGGAGUCUUUAAGAUCCUCCAAGGUCUUGCAAGGUCAAGAAAAUAUAGGUUUACUAUCACCUAUCCAUGGAAGUGAUCGUAUAAACCGCCAGCUCCAUUUCGAAAUGCAACCUUUGGCACUCAAUCAUUUACAAAACAGGAUUGAAAAAUUAAAUUAUGGUGAGUUCAUGAAAAACCAGACUCCUGCCACUUUCACAGGCUUUUUGGAAUCCAAUUGGUUUCCGAAGGUCUUGCAAGGUCAAGAAAUUUGCUCUUUGAGAUCUCUGGCUGGGGAAACUGGUUGGAAUCUUGGUGCUCGCUCAACACCUGAACUGGGUUGCGAUGUUUACAACACACAUCAAAGGCCAUCAUUUACCUUGUAUCCUCUAGCUUCUCAAGGAGCUAGGAACAUUCCGUUUUCUCACACAGCUGGUCUCAAAGCUGGGCAAGGCCCUCUGGUGCUAUCUAAUAUUUCCAAUUUUCAAAUGGGAAAUCAUGUAUUAACCCCAACUUCCGUUCUGAGUGGGCCGACAACAGAUGUCAGUAGAGUGCCAAAUCACAGAAAUGAACCAUGGGUUCUUGAGAAGACAUCUGGACCUGCCAUUGCAUUGACGCAUCUCAGAAAUACAACUGACAAAGAUAACUCACAGGAGAAGGUCCCUAUCUGUAAACUAUUCGGGUAUUCCUUGACUGAAGAUCCUGCUAUAGUUAAUUCACACAGCGCGAAUAAGAGGAGCGUCACAAAGGUUCAUAAACAAGGUAGCUUGGUCUGGAGUGCCAUUGAUCUUUCAAGAUUGCACGGUUACAAUGACCUGCUAACUGAACUGGAAAGGUUGUUUAGCAUGGAAGGGCUAUUGCGAGAUCCAAACCAUGGAUGGCGCGUACUGUACACUGAUAGCGAGAACGACAUGAUGGUACUUGGUGACGAUCCAUGGCAUGAGUUCAUUGAGGAGGUCACCAAGAUCCAUAUAUACACACAAGAGGAAGUGGAGAAACUGACAGUUGGAGUGAAUAGCGAUGACACUCAAAGCUGUUUGGAAGAAGUGCCACAUGUAACUGAUGUGUAGAAGCCAUCUUCUGUGGGUCAGCUGAUUCUUUGAUCGCAAUUUUAAGCUCAGGUUGUUGAACUAUCAUGCUGGCUGUCCUGGUAUAUGUUACUAAAGUAAACUAUGGUUAAAUCUUCAUGCUGUAAGCUUAUGUUGUCUUUUUCCUUGGUCAAGACAGUUACAUGUUGGAGGAUUGUGUGAAUUAAUAUAUCUAAUCUAAAUGGUUAUUCCCAACUAUGUAGCGGAGAAUGCCAUCAGUAUGAAGAUUAUUGAAUUCUUGAGUUGAUCUCUGUCAAAUUGUUCCCUAUUUGUGGUAUCUAGAUGAGAAAUGAUAACUAGAAGUAGUACAAGGGUGUCAUGCAGCAGGUUGCUUUUAGGAUUUGUCUUUUGCUAGACUAUGAACGUGUAUAGAAAUAAUGGGAAACAAAAUUACAAGACACGUAUUUACAUAGUUCGGAUAAUUUUUGUAUGUCCUUGACUGCUCAAGAUUGAUUGUUUCUAGGUUGGCUUCGUGUGAAUUAUAAUUGAAGUUCAUUCACCAACUAUUUAUACUAAGGUAUUUAUAAGCAAUUGUAGUAUUACAAGUUUAUCCUGGGCAAAUUACGAGUUGGAUCUACUAUCAAUGGGUCUGAAUGCAUAAUACAGUAGAAACAAGGGUUUCUUUGGUUUUACCUCAUAUUACAUUGUCCUACUUUGUUCUAUACGUUAUUAAUAUUACAAGUACGAAAUAUUUAUUCAAACCUGAUGAAAUUUGUGAAAGCACAGGUUUAGCCUCACUAAGAUUUUAAUACUGAUUGGGGCAAUUGUAAUCCUUUGUAAUGUGAAAGAAGGAGGUGCAUGUUCUUUCUUUCUCGAGCAGUUUUUUUGUGCUCUAAACUCCUGAAAUAACUAUCCAGAUCAAACAUGAUCACACAGAAUUCUUCAAGUCCAUAACCAUUUCUAGAUCCCAAAAAUGGGGUGAAGCAAUCACAUUAUAAACUAGUCCUAGACUUCAGUAAAGAACUUGAUCACGAUAACAUCAAGCAUGGAAAUAAAGAAAGCAACCACAAACUAGCACUAAUAACUGGGCUUCUGUAAAGAUCGAGAUCAUGAUGGCAUUAAGCAUGAAAACAGAAGAUGGGUUAUUUACAGUCGGAACGCUUUUUCCGUUGUGGAUACUUGCAUAUAGGAGAGGAAUGGUAAAAUGUAACAUGCAAAAUGCUCAAGCCAUGCCACCUACUGAGAUACUACCAGAAUUGAGUUGUGGAUUUAGAACUACCACCACUCCUCCAAAUCUUGGUAAUAUUUUUUCAUCUGCAUCGAAUUUCUGAGUAGUCUAGAGUUCAUUUCUUUUGCAGCUGGAAGACAGAUAGUUAAGAUGCAGGAAAGGUAUCUGUUUAUCAAUAGGGAUAAAUGUGUCCUUUUCUUCUGUCGUCAAAGACGAGUUUUUACAGUUUACAUUGCAAGUAUAAAGAGCAUAAGAAGGCACGUACAUUUUGAGCAGCAGGGUGAGGCCAAGUGCAGGUGCCAUCAGAAGAAUGCUAAGAUCCUGUAAUCACAA